CUGAAGUCGACUGUGCUUUGUAAAACCGGCUCACCGACCCUCGGGACCUGCAGUGCCUCUGGAUUCCAGCCUCCGGGUCUCCAUGCCAGACAGUCUGAGCAUGCGAGUCACACUUGCUGUGACACACUGGAUGCUCUCUGUGGUCUCCAGUUCUUCCUCUCCAGCAAAUACUUUGCCAGAUAUCGAAAAUGAAGAUUUCAUCAAAGACUGUGUUCGAAUGCACAACAAGUUCAGAUCAGAAGUGACUCCAAAAGCCAGUGAUAUGCUAUACAUGACUUGGGACCCAGUACUAGCCCAAAUUGCAAAAGCAUGGGCAAGGAACUGUCAGUUUGCACACAACAUACAGCUGAAGCUACCCCACAAGCUGCACCCAAAUUUCACUUCACUGGGAGAAAACCUCUGGACUGGGUCUCUGUACCUCUUUUCUGUGUCUUCAGCCGUCACAGACUGGUACAACGAAAUUCAGUACUAUGACUUCAAGACUCGGAAAUGUGGCAAGGUCUGUGGCCAUUAUACUCAGAUUGUUUGGGCAGAUAGUUACAAAGUUGGCUGUGCAGUACAGUUUUGUUCUCGAGUUGCUGGCUUUGAAAGUCUUCGCAAUGGAGCACAUUUUAUAUGCAACUAUGGACCAGCAGGCAAUUACCCAACCUGGCCAUAUAAAAAAGGAUCCACAUGCAGUGCCUGCCCCAGUAACGACAACUGUCUGGACAAUCUCUGUGCUAACCCACAACGAGACAAAGUGACACGUUACUACUCUGUUGUGUUUCCAGACUGGCCCAUAUUUCCACGUAACAGAUACACAUCUCUUUUCCUCAUUGUUACUCCACCAAUCCUAAUACUGAGUGUUAUAAUUAUCAGUUUGGUCAAGCACAAAUACCCUCAUUUAGUUCUUCUGAACUAAUACAAUCCGGGGGGGGGGAAAGCCUCAUUCGUACAUGGCUUUAAAAAAUAAAAUUGGGUGUUAUUUCUAA